UAACGGAGGGUGAACAUCUCCGCUGCUGGAUGGACUAUCAGCGUAGCAUUUCUUUGAAGAGACAUUGGAAUAUGAGUAGUUUACAAAAAUAUUUGUUUUGAAAGAGCUACCGGACAAAUAGUUUUUACAAUAUGCAAUAUUAUAAAAUUACCAAUGCAAGGCAUGGUAACGAAAUUGUCUAUUUUUGCACAAUAAUUAUCUAAGUCAACAAAACUUGAAUUGAUAUUAAAUGUUACUGUGGCACAAUGUGUCUUAAACAAAAACCAUAGAUGGCGCUAUAACGAAACGUGUGCUUAAGGUAGCAGCCUAACUAUCAAACGCACCUCAAUUUCUCAACCCUCCCGAACCAGACACCCAAAAGCACUCGCGUGGAAAGGAGGUUGAGUAAAGCCCCCAAAGGAUACGGGGGACAAACGCUCUAACGCGCAUUAGUUCGUUGCUUUCUUCAGAGAGAAAAGGCACCCAAUAGACUUCGUUCUCUGAGUGUCCAGCAGUACAUAUUGGGGACAGGGAUUUUGGAGACCAAGUUGCAGAGAAAUCAACUGAUUCGGUCUACAUUUUCUUCCACAUCUGCUUUGAGGAAUGCUGCUCUAUUACGCGACAAACCAGACCAUAUCGUUCCAGUUACCCGGACAAUCUGCAGCGACUAAAAUCGAGCAUUUUUAUUUAUUUGCAAAGUGACAUAAAGCAAUCUAAAUCGUAGGAUUAAAAACAGACUUCGCUCAGAUUUCAAGAAGUCAGAACUCUGGUUUAAGAUACUGUUCGCGGAUCCAAUUAAACGAAAACUUAAGGAUCAAAUCUUACAUCUGACUAUUUUCUCGGAGUUGAACCCCUAAAACGCUGAAUCCCUAAAACGCAGGCGGCGUGCAGCAGUUUCAGCACCUAGUCGAGGCCCAGGUUGCGAGGUUAACGAUGUCGGGGGUCGCUUGUUUGGUUGCGUGUUUUGGGAAAUGAUUACUGGCAACAUCGACGGUAAAAUAAUGGUUAGAAGAUGGCUUGUGACGUUCAAACCUUUCAGGAUAUUUGUGGUGGGGAUCGGCUUCUUCAGCCUGUGUUUUCUAAUGACUUCCCUGGGGGGCCAGUUCUCAGCCAAGAGGCUUGGGGACUCCCCCUUCACCAUCCGGACAGAAGUGAUGGGGGGAGUGGAGUCUCGUGGGGUGCUUAGGAAGAUCAGUGACAUGCUGGAGGUGAUCCUGAAGAGGAUGGACAGCCUCUCCAAACUGGACAACAGCACCACCAGCGACACCCGUCGUCUGGAUGAACUCAGCUCAGCCAUCAACAGGUACGGUCUGGUUGAACUCAGCUCGGCCAUCAACAGGUACGGUCUGGAUGAACUCAGCUCGGCCAUCAACAGGUACGGUCUGGAUGAACUCAGCUCGGCCAUCAACAGGUACGGUCUGGAUGAACUCAGCUCGGCCAUCAACAGGUACGGUCUGGAUGAACUCAGCUCGGCCAUCAACAGGUACGGUCUGGAUGAACUCAGCUCGGCCAUCAACAGGUACGGUCUGGAUGGAGUGGUGGGCUUAGGACAGGCAUCUACCUUCCUUGUCUUCCCUUUUUCUCACUCACUCUUUCCUCCUCUCUUGUUGCCCGUCCUCCUCUAUGCUCUUGUUUCUUUUCCUCGUCAUUUCUUCCUCCUUUUCUUCCCUCCUCAUCUUUUUCCUCCUCUCUUGUUAUUCUCUUCAUACCCUUCUCUUUCUCUCCCCUUUUGGCUGCCAGGCAGUCUUUCCAUCCUGGUGCACGUGGGCUUCCUGACAGAGGAGUCAGGGGACGUGUUCAGCCCCAAGGUACUGAAGGGAGGUCCCCUGGGGGAGAUGGUCCAGUGGGCCGACAUCCUCACAGCCCUCCACGUCCUGGGACACAACCUCAAGAUCUCCAUGUCUGUCAAGGAACUACAGGGAUUUCUCGGGGUGCCCCCAGGCAGAGGGAGCUGCCCCUUGACAGGACCUCUACCCUUUGACCUCAUCUACACAGACUACCACGGCAUGCAGCAGAUGAAGCAGCACAUGGGGCUUUCGCUCAAGAGACACAAGUGCCACAUCCGUGUGAUUGACACCUUCGGGACAGAGCCGGCCUACAACCAUGAGGACUACGCCACCCUGCACGGCUACAGGACCAACUGGGGCUACUGGAACCUCAACUCCAGACAGUACAUGACCAUGUUCCCCCACACUCCAGACAACUCGUUCAUGGGCUUUGUGUCUGAGGAGCUGAACGACACGGAGAAGAGGAGCAUCAUGCAGAACAAGGUCAACAACAUGGCUGUGGUUUACGGCAAGGAGGCCAGCAUGUGGAAGCUCCAGCAGGGUAAGGAGGGUUUCCUCCAGAUCCUCCACAGGUACAUGGAGGUCCACGGGACGGUGUACUACGAGACCCAGCGCCCCCCCGAGGUGCCUGCCUACGUCAAAAACCACGGCCUGCUGCCCCAGCACGAGCUGCAGACGCUGCUCCGCAAGGCCAAGCUCUUCAUCGGGUUUGGUUUCCCCUACGAAGGGCCCGCCCCUCUGGAGGCCAUAGCCAAUGGGUGCAUCUACCUGCAGCCCAAGUUCCACCCACCGCACAGCUCGCUCAAUCACGAGUUCUUCAGAGGCAAGCCCACGUCUAGAGAGGUGUCGUCCCAGCACCCGUAUGCAGAGCAGUACAUCGGGCGGCCCCACGUCAUGACAGUAGACUACAACAACUCCCAGGAGUUUGACGCCGCCAUCAGACAGAUCAUGAGUACCAAGGUCGAGCCAUACCUACCGUAUGAGUACACCUGCGAGGGAAUGCUGGAGAGGGUACACGCCUACAUACAGCAUCAGGACUUCUGCGCCCCCGAGGCCCCCUUCCCUCCGGCCAACUCCUCCUCCUCCAAGCUGGGGCUUAGUAGUCCGGGUAGCCCUGGGCCUCAAUUUGUCCUGCUUCCCAACUCCAGUGCCCUAACCUGGGCCCCCGACGCCAGCGCCCCCGACGCCUGGCCACCUCUCAGCUCUCUGAGGCUGCUGGCGUCCCAGGAGGGCCAGUCGUGUGUGGAGGCGUGCCAGCGUGCCAACCUGGUCUGUGAGCCCGCGCUCUUCCGCUUCGUCAAUAACAAGGAUGCCCUCCGUGGGUUAGAGGUGCAGUGUGAGGUGGUGGAGGCGGAGGUCAACCACGUGUUCCCGGCCUUCUCCGUCCUACGCCGGGAGUGCAGCCUCCAGAAGGACCCCCUCCUCUACAGCUGUGCCGGCCACAGCCCCAAGUACCACCGCCUCUGCCCCUGCCGGGACUACCGCCGCGGCCAGGUUGCCCUCUGCCGAGACUGCUUAUGAGGAGGGGCCAGGAGUUUUUCCAAUGAACGCCUGACUCGGCAAUGUGGCUAGGAAAAACUCCAGGCGCUCUAGUUAUAGCCUAUGAAUUGUAGACUAUAAACUAUGGACUAUAAGCUCAACCAGCCCUGGUGAUGAUGCUAGGAGAGGGGCUGGCUAAAACCGAAGGACCCCCCCCCCCCCCCAACUGGAAGACUUGGUUCAAAGCUACCCACUGAGCUUGAGUGGGUUGUUGUCCCAUAGUCACCCACCCUCCUUCAUUCCUUGGUUUCUAAAUGGACUAAUAUGUUUCUGAUAUGAGCCUAUGGAUAGUUUGCCUCAAAGCUCUUCACUGGCCUAGGAGAGAUGUGCUGGACUAUACUGCAACGGGUAUAACCGUUCACCAUGUGGCCACAGGAAAACACAGUAAUCCACAAUAGGGAAACGGCUAUAUCGCCAUCUAGCUAGCUACCUAACUAAAUACCUAGAGGAGACCACUGACCCGAAGAUCAUUGAUUUGCUGCUACAAUAUCAAUAAUUGGACUUUAACCCUCCAAGACCAGGGAGUUUAGAGAGUAAUCGACCUGGGGACGUUAACAGGUGACACGGCGUGUGUCAAACUCCUAGAAAACUCCUCUCAUUGGCGUUGUGCUUUGACAAUGGAUGAUGGACACUCAGACUCUCUCCUUUAAAAGAUGAACUCUUUCUUUUGUGCAACUAAGAUAACCCUGGCUGCCGACGUAGUCAAUGCAAUCAUCUCUGUUGCGCUAAAAUGGACUAAAACAGAUUAAAGAUUAUUUUUUAAUAAAGUGAAUGUUUUGAGCUCUGCUACUGCAAGAACAGAGGAUUUUUAAGAACCUUUCGGUGGUUUUGUGACGGAAAUAAAAUGAAAUAAAAACGGAAAGUUAAAAAGA